CAGUCCACGACUUUUGAGAUGAUACUACUUGUACAUCAUGAGAACUGUUGGAACAAUCAUAACAUUAUUUAGCAUAUUAUUGGGGGUGUGUUUGCCUACUAAAAUCGAAGAUGGUCCAAAAGAUGCCUACGUUUUGGUUAACUCUGAUGCUGCAUUCAACUGCACAGUAUCCUUACCUUGGACUAUUAUUAUCUGGAUAAUGAAUAAGACACCUGUCCUUACUGUAACACCAGAACGACCAAUAAUCACGAGCCCUCAGUUUGGACAGCGCAAUUACACGACUGCGCAAACAUUUACUUCAGAACUUAUCAUCUCAGCAGUGACAUUGAAAAACAACGCAACCGUGGAGUGCAGUCUCCAGACUGAUGGGAGUCAACAGGCAAAUUUGUUUGUGCAAGUUGAAGGAACGUUAUUUUUUGAGAGCAAGAUUUUAUCUGUGGUGACAAACCACAGCACAGACGUCAUCUGUAAGGCAGAAGGAUGGAAUCCUGAGCCAACUAUCACCUGGACAAUAAACCAAACAACUGUACAUUCAGAAAGUUACACCACCAUCAUUUCUCCACCUUCAGGACAUCUCUAUACAGCUGUCAGCACCUUAAAUCUCACCCUUAGUGCAGAGGCUGAAGUUACAUGUCUGGCUGCCAUAAAAGCACUUCCUCAGCCUAAGAAUGCUUCACUUUACAUCACUGUGAAACCAGUCAGUCAAGAUCGGACCUGGUUAAUUGUUGCUAUUGUGGUGCCUAUCGCUGUGGUUCUCCUGCUUAUAAUACUCAUCGUUGUGAUUGCUUUCUGCAUAAAAUGGAACAAACACUCCGAAUCAAGUUAUCACGAUGAAAUAAGAAAAAUAUCAAAGAGGAAAGCUCUUGAGAAGACUGUAGGUGAUCAGAAAAGCUCUGGGCUGGAAAAUUUCGGAAUGUCUUCUGAAAAUGUGGAUGAUUUCAUCUCCCCUUCUGCUGUUCCUGCAACUAUUCAGGCAGACUCACAGUCCGGGAUAGAAAACGUUUAUAACUUGAAGGUGAGCACAACGAAUUUCAUUAACAUUAGUGUCCCUACCUUACAAAGAUCUAACAUGAGAAAAGAACAAAUUUGA